CGUCGUUUAAAUUGUUAAUAUUCAACUCCUGAUCUUCUAGAUUUCGCUAACGUAGACGAAAAUGAAAGGCUAGCAGUACGGUCGAUGAUAAAGUGUUGCGGGAGAAAAUCGGGCGAGAGAUAUUUUUUUUUUAUUCUGUCGUGCCUCUCACGCUACGCGACGAUCUUAUAUAGGGAGAGACAUUAGAGCUAGAGACAUGUCCCGAUAUAUGCUUUUGAAGUGAUCAUACGACUUUUGUGAGAAAUUUGUCGUCGGCUUAGCUGAAGAUGAUGUGCGCGACGAAGUUUUGAGCCUUGUCGUACGAUAUGCAGUCCAUUUAUUGGACCGGGAGGCUGUUGUCUCGGGCGAUAUGGAAUAGCAUAUCAAAUUAUUCGGCAUGCGCGGAUCCCAACGUGAACAAGCGUCGAGAAGCAUCUUUCGUAUCGGCGGUGUGUGGCUUCCCUAAGGAUUUUGCACGAGGCCGUAUACGAAAAGGACAAUUUGGAGAUGACGCUUGGUUCAGUGCCAAAUUCAAGGCUGUUGAAGUAAUUGGUGUAGCCGAUGGUGUGGGAGGGUGGCGACACUAUGGAAUAGACCCAGGCGAAUUUUCCAGUUUUUUAAUGAGAACGUGCGAAAGGCUAGUCUCGAUAGGCAGGUUCAUUCCUUCAGAACCAGCUGGUUUAUUAGCACGUAGUUACUAUGAACUGUUAGAAAAUAAACAACCAAUCUUAGGUAGCAGUACUGCAUGCGUAAUAAUUCUGAAUAAGGAAACGAGCAGCAUUUAUGCAGCAAAUAUAGGAGAUAGUGGUUUUGUAGUUGUGAGAAAAGGUGAAGUUGUUCACCGUUCUAACGAGCAGCAACACUACUUCAAUACUCCAUUUCAGUUAUCUCUACCACCUCCAGGUCAUUCUGGAUUAGUACUUAGUGACAGUCCAGAAUCUGCAGAUACUUCUAGUUUUGGAGUUGAGGAUGGAGAUGUAAUACUUUUAGCAACCGACGGUGUAUUUGACAAUGUGCCUGAUCAGUUGCUAGUUACUGAAAUGCGUAAAAUCGAAGGUGAAAGGGACCCUAGAAAGAUACAGGGUGUUGCUAAUUCGAUAGCUUGGAUGGCGCGUAGUUUAGCUUUUGAUGGAGCAUUUAUGUCACCUUUUGCCCAAAGUGCAAGAGAAAAUGGAAUCGACGCGAUAGGUGGUAAACCUGACGAUAUCACGGUGCUUUUAGCAACGGUGGCAAUCUGAUAUGAAAAUGUGUAUGAUAGAACGUUAAUCAUUGUAUUAUAGUCCAUAUCAUCGCAUAUAUGUAUCUAGUGAUACAUCAUUAUAUUCCAUUAUGAUGAUCAUCUAUUAUUUAAAUUUAAAUAAAUGGUUUUAUAAAUCACCUCUCACAUAUUACAAUAUUAGUUUCUAUCAUCAUAACAAAUUUUUGAAUGGAAUUUGAGUUAUAAAAUUAAAUUUGAUAUCUUAUUAAAUUAUUUUUAAAGUAGAAACAAAGUACAUGAAACAGUUAAAAAUUACAAAACUUAUAAAAAAGAUAUGAAAUAGGGAUGUUUAUCAUAAGUAGUGUACAGUAUAACCAACAGUAACAUUAAACCAAAAGGUUUUUAUUAAAACUUUAGUAUACAUAUAAAUAUGUUUCCUAAUAUAUAUAGAAUGAAAAGUGCUUCAAAGUAAAAGCCAACUAAACAUAUUCUUAUAUAAUAUCAAAAAUGAUAAUUAUAAUGCUUUGGCUUUUCAUUGAUACAAAUUUUACUAUAACACAAUAAUGAGAUCAGAAUACGAAUUUGUAUAUAUAUAUGACAAAUGCAUUAUUUCCUUUUACAAUUUGAAUACAUCACAGUGUUAUAUAAGAAUACAUUAAUAUAAUUUUAUGGAAAAUAUAAAAAAUGUAAAGACAGAAUGAGCAAUUAUUUGGCAAUAAGUAGCUUAUAAAAAGCAAAUUAGUAAAUGUUCAUUUGUAAUUUAUAAUAAACAAAGUUCAUAACUUUGUAGUAUGCUUGUAAAAAUCUGCUUUUAUUAUCUCGACGUACAUAAAACUAUUACUUUCGAGUGAGCAUCAGUAAUGACUAUUAUGUUCUAAACAAUGUUUGUUAGGAACAAUUGUUAAUAACAUACUACAGAUAAAAUUGAUAGUUCCUAUUUUUAUGUACACAUUGUUAUACAUGUUUUGUAUUUAUUAAUGAGUAGAUGUACUUUAUUGACAAAAUCCAUAUUACUUAUAUCAGACUGAUAUUCAUUAUUGUGUAAAUGCAUAUUCUGAAACAAGUAUAUGAGCAAAAACAGAUUCUAUUGUACUAUGAUUGCUUCACAAUGUUUUCAUAUUCAAUAUCAGAAACUGUGCAUCCCUAUUUUCAAUUACUGUGAUUAUUCAUUUUAUAGUAUUAAUUGUGCAAUAUCAUUUCAUAGAUUCUUUGAAACACUUUAUUACAAAAUGUUUACUGGUCAGAGGUGUUUACCUCUAUGAUGUAUUCUAUAUAUUCAUCAUAUGCCAUGCAAUUUAUUUGCAACAUGACAUCAAAUAUAUUGAUGUAAAGUAGCAUUUGUUUGUAUGUAAUACCUAUUAUACCUAUGAUACAUUAUAAGACACGUGAGUUAAAAAAGAUAUUAAUAUGACAAAACAUUGUUAGUACAAAUUUAUAUUUUUUACAUCAGGGGUUUCAAUUUUAUUGUUUUUUUAGAAAGUUCAUUCAAUUAUCACACAAAUUAAUGCUAUCAAGGAUUCGUGGAAUUGAAAAUUCUACUAUAUACAGUUUGACUCGUAUUUUAUUAAAAGUAACAAUCAUUGAUAAUAUUACUACUUCAUUUGGUAACGAUCGAUUUUUAUUGCAGUAGAAUAAUUAUGAGCAUAUGGAUAAUGUAUCUAGUCCAGAGCUAUAUUAACAUUUAAGAUAAGUAUAAAUAAACUUAAAAUAAUAUGUAGUGUCUCUUCACUUUACAUUUAAUGUGAUUUGUACUUUGGAAAUAUUAUUUAUGUUAUGUUAGUGCUAGUAUAAAUAAAUGCUUCCACCAAGAUAGUAUCGCUACAAAUGAUUUCAACAUUCUUGAUCUUUGCUUCUAUAAUACAUAUAUUUUAAUAAACAAGUAAUCUUGUGUAUAGAGACUAUCACAAUCAUUUCAUGAAAAAAAUUGUAACCCCUGGUAGCAGAUGGAAGUCUUUGUAAUACAGUCAGUAUAUACGAUAUAUUUCGUAUAUCUAGAUGUGUAUGCUCAAAUCAUUUUAUCUUUGUUAGUAAUUGUAAAAAUUGCAAAACAAAAUUCAAAUUUCACAAAUGUAUAUAAAUUCAUAAAUUUACUUGAUAUAUCAAUUAACAAUGGAUGGCUCGUGGAAAUAGGGAGAUGAAAAAAAAUUAUAACAUAGCUCCUUGACCCCAAUUAAAACCACCUGGUCGAUCUUCAGGUGGUGGAGUGUAAUCUGGAUCUUCUGGAUGUGCGUCAAACAAUGUUUUUCUAUGUAUAUAAAGUAAAAUAUAUAUUAUAAUAAUAAAAAAUAAUACUAUAAAAUAAAAAUAAAUUAGAUACGUUAUGCACCAUAAUCAAA